UCGUCGCUGAGCCAUACUCUCUCUCUCUCUCGUUUUUCUCUCUCACUUUUUGCUACGCGAUUUUAUGAAUCCCACAAUUCACAUAAAAUGGAGAAGCUUGAUUGAUGUAACGCUUCGCCUGUGAUAAUUUGUGAUUUCAGAUUACUAGGGUUUCGUUGUUUUCUUUCUUUUCUAAUUUGGUCUUCAGUUUGAAUUGUUGCGGAAGUCUACCUCACUAGGAUUUGGGCGAGUAUAGUGGGAUUCUACUGGAAUUUGCAGCUUCCAAUGUUUAAGAUCUGUAUCGUAGAGUAGAGUUUUGAGGAAUAUGGACGUUUGUAGCUCGUUGUUUGAUUUCGUAGACAGCCGUGGAAAUUAUAAGAAAAAGGACAUUUGAAAGUGUCGCCGGUGACGACGGAGAUAAAUCAUUGGUUUCGUUUUGUUGCUGUGGGAAUUUGGUUUAUUUCAGAUGACAUAAGCGAUUAGAGGAUUUUGUUGCAAGUUCCUGAUUAUUGGGCUUUCUCAAAUUCUAGCUGCUGCGGUAGUUUGUAUACUCAGUCACAGCUUUACCAGCAUGCCUAUGGGGUAAUAGUUACAUAUGGUAGGAAGGAUAUCAUUUACCCGUCGGAUGCUUUGGAAGUGUAGCAUCUGCUUAAUCAUCAAAUUUCACGAAAUAUUUUCACUCUGCAGAGUGAGUUGAACUUAGAGUCGCUUCUUUGCUGCUUCCACAUAAUUUAGGGUAAAAAACAAAAAUGCCUUCUUGGUGGGGGAAGUCGUCAUCCAAAGAAGUGAAGAAGAAAACGAGCAAGGAAAGUUUCAUUGACUCAUUACACCGUAAAUUCAAGAAUUCACCUGAAGGUAAAGUAAACGGCAGGUCAGGAACUUCUCGUAGGCGAUGUGGUGCUGACACUAUAUCUGAGAAGGGGUCUAAAUCACCUCUAUCAGGAUCACCAUCACCUUCCAAAGAAGUAUCCAGAUGUCAAAGUUUUGCUGAAAGGUCACGUUCUCACCAACUUCCACUUCCACAUCAGCACCCUGUAGGUGUAGGCCGCACAGAUUCUGGGAUUAGUGUGACUGCAAAAUUAAAAUUAGAGAGAAGCUCCAAGACAUCUUCAUUCUUACCCCUCCCUAGGCCUGCAUGUAUUCGGAGUAGGCCAGAUCCUGCAGAUUUGGAUGGAGACUUGGUCACUGGUUCAGUCUCUGGUGAGUCCUCGAGUGAUAGUGAAGAUCCUAAUGAUUCACGUCAACGUAGUCCUCAGGCGACUGACUAUGACAUUGGGACUAGAACUGUGACCGGUUCUACCGAACCUUGUGCAACUCUCAAGGAUCAGUCGCCUACUGUCUUGCAAAUAAAUUUAAGGGAGGGCAAACAAGCAGAAACUCUUUCACUUUCUCAUAAGAAUUCUUCACUACCCAAACGGAGGCCUUUAAGCAGCAAUGUAACAAAUCUACAAGUUCCUCGUCAUGGGGCCUUUUUUAGCGCUCCAGAUAGCUCCAUGUCUAGUCCCUCUAGAAGUCCUAUGAGAGUAUUUAGCACUGAGCAAGUCAUGAACACUGCCGUUUGGGCUGGAAAGGCUCACCCAGAUGUCAUUUUAGGUGGCUCUGGCCACUGUUCCAGUCCUGGUUCCGGUCACAAUUCAGGGCACAACUCUAUGGGAGGUGAUAUGGCGGGCCACUUCUUUUGGCAACAAAGUAGGGGUAGCCCUGAAUAUUCUCCAGUACCUAGUUCUAGAAUGACUAGCCCCGGCCCUAGCUCCAGAAUUCAAAGUGGUGCUGUUACACCUAUUCAUCCUAGAGCAGGAGCUCCACCUGCUGAGUCACAAACGUGCUGGCCUGAUGAGAAACAAACUCAUCGUUUGCCUCUUCCUCCCAUAGCAAUCUCAAACUCUUCUCCAUUUUCUCAUUCAAAUUCAGCAGUGACAUCUCCUUCAGUGCCUAGGAGUCCAGGAAGGACAGAGACUCCAGCAAGCCCAGGUUCACGUUGGAAGAAGGGGAAGCUACUGGGUCGGGGCACAUUUGGGCACGUAUAUGUUGGUUUUAAUAGCGAAAGUGGUGAAAUGUGUGCAAUGAAGGAGGUUACAUUAUUUUCUGAUGAUGCAAAGUCUAAGGAAAGUGCUAAACAAUUAAUGCAGGAAAUUGCUUUGCUGAGCCGUUUACGGCAUCCCAACAUUGUGCAGUAUUAUGGUUCGGAGACAGUGGGUGAUAAACUCUAUAUAUACCUGGAGUAUGUAUCCGGUGGUUCCAUCUAUAAACUUCUUCAAGAGUAUGGACAAUUUGGGGAAUUAGCAAUUCGUAGUUAUACUCAACAAAUAAUAUCAGGGCUUGCAUAUUUACAUGCUAAAACUACAGUGCACAGGGAUAUUAAAGGAGCAAAUAUACUUGUUGACCCAAAUGGUCGCGUUAAGUUGGCAGACUUUGGGAUGGCGAAGCAUAUCACAGGCCAAUCAUGUCCUCUGUCGUUUAAGGGCAGCCCUUACUGGAUGGCACCUGAGGUCAUAAAGAACUCGAAUGGUUGCAAUCUUGCCGUUGAUAUUUGGAGUCUUGGAUGUACUGUUCUGGAGAUGGCUACUACAAAGCCACCUUGGAGCCAGUAUGAAGGGGUCGCGGCGAUGUUUAAGAUUGGUAAUAGCAAAGAACUCCCAGUAAUUCCAGAUCACCUCUCAGACGAUGGGAAGGAUUUUGUGAGACAAUGUCUGCAACGAAACCCACUUCAUCGACCUACUGCUGCUCAACUUUUGGAGCAUCCCUUCAUCAAAUAUGCUGCACCUGUAGAAAGGCCUAUUUUGAGCUCUGAACCUUCUGAUGCAACUCCUGGGGUUACAAACGGAGUGAAGACUCUGGGUAUUGGUCAAUCACGGAUUCCUACUAGAGUGGACUCAGACAGACUUGCAGUUCAUUCUUCAAGAGUCUCAAAAGCUGUUCUUCAUGCCAGUGAAAUCAACAUUCCCAGAAACAUAUCAUGUCCCGUUUCACCAAUUGGAAGCCCUCUUUUGCACUCGCGAUCACCUCAACAUCCCAGUGGAAGAAUGUCUCCUUCACCUAUAUCAAGUCCACGAACCACAUCAGGCUCGUCCACACCUCUGACAGGAUGUGGUGGUGCAAUUCCUUACAACCACCUGAAACAAUCUAUAUACUUGCAAGAGGGAUUUGGAAGCAUGCCAAAGUCCAUAAACAAUAGUCCGUACAGCAGUGGCCUCUCCUUUCAUGAUUCAAAUCCUGAUAUUUUUCGAGGGUUGCAGCCUGGGGCUCACAUCUUCUCUGAACUGAUACCAGAAAAUGAUAUCUUGGGAAAACAGGUCGGGAGGUCUGCUUAUGGCGCGUCUUACGACGGACAGCUAGUUUUGGCUGAUCGAGUGUCCCGACAGCUGCUGAGAGAUCAUGUUAAAACAAACCCUUCUCUGGAUUUGAGUCCUAGCCCUGCUUUGUCUGGCCGCAUGAAUGGUAUCUGACUCCUAAUGCAUCCACCUAUUUGAGCUAGUUGUCGGAUUGGAGAGGUUAAUACCUAAUCAUUACUGCCAAAAAAUACUUCGUUAUAUAAGAACAGAGGGUGAGGGAACAGUAGACUAAGGCUGAUUUUCUUAAAGUGAAGUAGCUGGUAUAUGAAGUCUUCCACCAGCAGACCAAUGGAGAUAAUUCUUUUCACAUUUUGAUUCUUGGAGGAUAAGACGGCGCAGCUGUGCGACUAAAUUAACAUCUGGCUCGAUUUGUUCCAGCAAUGACGUGACGUAUCGGCUUGUACAGUGUUCAAGUGUUCCAUUUAUCAUCUGACCAACUAAUCUGAGAUGCAAGAAUUUUAAUUUUGUUCACGCGGGAUGGCUUCUGAUGAUCCAAUGUGAAAGGGAGGUUGCUUGAGAUAGAGAGAAGUAGCCACCUAUGCAGUUCCUCAACUAGGAAAGCACUUACAGCAGUGACAAAUGUACAUUUUUUUAGAGCAUCGUAUAGAAGACUGAAGGAACAAAUGGUCAUUACCAUCUUCGAGCCUUCUUCCUUUCAGCCAAAAAAAGGCAAAAGAGAGAGAGAGAGAAACUUAUGCUGUACAAAUGUUAAAGGAAUGAAUUGGCUUCGGUAUCUGUUAUUGUCUUGUUGAGAUUCAGGAACUUGUACAGUGCAUGCAAUUGUAGUUCCUUAAAAUGAUUUAUGGAAGUUCAGGGAUGGCUGUCAUUUUAUACUAAAGUUUGGACCUGACUA